AUGGAUCCUGCCGAGCUUUCAUCCCACGAACUGGCGACAUUCCAUUCCCCUCAUCAUGACCAUCAAGCAACCAUCUCCAGCAGACCUAAGAACAUCGUCCACGAGCCCGAUCUGAUCAAGAACAACCAAAGACUCGAGUUGGAUUUCCAGUCCGCCAGCAAAGAUCGAGAAAGAACCUUGGCACCUGUCGAUGGCGGAUUCUUGGCUUGGAGAUUCAUCUUUCUCUCGUUUUUGGUCGAAGGUUAUGUCUGGGGAAUCCCCUUGUCAUUUGGAGUUUUCCUCGACUUUCCUCCUUAUUCUCAAAUGUCUUCCACCAUGGCUGCCAUUAUCGGGACUCUGUGCACGGGGAUAUUAUACUGCAUCGGAUCAAUUGUGCUUUCAUUGAUGGAAAACUUCCCGAGAUCUGCGCUAUAUUUGCCCACUGUUGGCACCCUGGUGUGCAGUGGAUCCUUUGUGGCAGCUUCCUACUCGACCAAAGAAUGGCACUUGCUUCUAUGCCAAGGCAUAAUGUACGGGAUUGGGGGCGCCCUUCUAUACUACCCGGCCCUGUUCUUCCUCUCUGAAUGGUGGGUUGUCAAGCGUGGCCUCGCAGGGUCGAUCAUGUUUGCGGGCACCUCUGUCUUUGGCUUGAUUAUUCCGCCGGUGCUCGAUUGGUCACUCAAGAAAUAUGGCACCCCAAUGACUCUUCGCGGUCUUGGUGCGGCAUUUCUUAUUGGAAUGGCUCCGAUAUUGCCUUUUUUUCGUGGGCGCCUGCCCUUGUCAGUAAGACGGCGUGGGGCACCCGCUCCAACUAGGAAAUAUCUGAAGAGACCAAUCUUCUGGGCAUUCACCUGUUUGAACUUGCUGCAAAGCUUAUCUUUCUUUGUGCCGACCCUAUACAUGCCCACCUACGCCACUUCGAUUGGCAGUCCCGGUGGUAUUGUCCUUGGACUUUUCGCAGGCUCAAGCAUCAUUGGCCAACUAGUCACCGGAGCUUUGAGUGAUCACUACGAUUUAAGCUGGAUCAUAGGAGUAACCUCUGUCGCAAGCUCGGUCAGCAUCUUUGUCUUAUGGGGGCAUUCCGAUGGAUUUGCUAUGUUGGCGGCAUUUGCCAUCGUUUAUGGAAUCAGUGCUGGUGGAUUUUCGUGCCUUUGGCAGAGAUUCGCCAUGAUCAUCGCCCCAUCAGAGCCGAAUUCGGGAGGCCUGGUAGUUUAUUUCGCAACCAGUCGUGGUAUCGCCAAUGUUCUAACGGGGCCGAUUGCUGGAGCGCUUCUCCAAAGUUCCUCAUCCACCAAAGCGGGAUACAAGUCCCUGGUAUACUAUAGUGGAUCAUUGAUGAUACUUUGCACAAUCGGAGUCUCAAUGAAGGGGCUUUAUCGGAUCAUCAGAAAUUGA